AUCACAACACAACAGCAGCCCUGCCUCCUCCGACACACACAGCCCGGACACACACCGCAUUUCAUAUCACCAGAGUCUUCAGCAUUUUGGAUAAUAUCGCUACAUCUGCUGGGGGACGUUUUUAUCCUGAGCUGCGUCAUUGAAAGUGUGCGGUCGACAGCGUGCUCAGGAGCACACUCAUGCCAGACGAGGCAGGACGGGGAGUAGAAACACUUUAAGUGGGACAGCCUGGAGCCGACCGUCACGUUCAGCUGGUGGAGCAAGGACCAGAAACUCAGGGAUAUGUCCAACAACGCUGGAAGAGGUCAUGGGGGUCUUAACCAACUAGGUGGAAUGUUUGUUAAUGGACGCCCACUUCCGGAGGUGAUCCGGCAACGCAUCGUGGACAUGGCCCACCAGGGGGUUCGGCCUUGUGACAUCUCCCGGCAGCUCCGAGUCAGCCACGGCUGCGUCAGCAAGAUCCUGGGACGCUACUACGAGACAGGUAGCAUCAAGCCUGGAGUGAUCGGGGGCUCCAAACCCAAGGUGGCCACCCCGAAGGUUGUGGAUAAAAUCGCAGAGUACAAGAGGCAGAAUCCCACCAUGUUCGCCUGGGAAAUCAGGGACAGGCUGCUGGCGGAGGGAGUGUGUGACAGCGACACGGUGCCCAGCGUGAGCUCCAUUAACAGAAUAAUUCGAACAAAGGUCCAGCAGCCGUUCAAUCUGCCUCUGGAUGGCAAAGGCCUGAGUCCAGGACAAACCCUCAUCCCGAGUUCAGCAGUCACCCCUCCCGAGUCUCCGCAGUCAGACUCUUUGGGCUCCACCUACUCCAUCAGCGGCUUGUUGGGUAUCCCCCAGCCCAGCGCCGAGGGCAAGAGGAGUCACGAUGACAGUGAUCAGGAGAGUUGUCGGCACAGCGUGGACUCUCAGGGCAGCGGAGGCGUCCCAAGGAAACAGAUGAGAGUGGAUCACUUCUCCGCAGCCACGCAACAUCUGGACUGUGGGUUUGAUCGCCACCACUAUCCCCCAGACUCAUUUGGCUCCGCCUCCAGCAGCAAAACAGAGCAGACUUUGUACCCGCUGUCCCUCAUCAAUGGCAGUCUAGACGAGGCCAAGACCAGCCUCUCAACAUCCAGCUCCGCUAUUGGACGGAAUCUGACGGCGCACCAGAGCUACACCAUGGUGACUGAGCCCCUACAGCCCCUGCCGCUCUGUCUAAAACAGGAAAUGUCCCCAGAGGUGACCAGCACGAGCCCCUCGCCAAACAUGGCAGUGUCCAACCUGGCGUUCGUGGAGCUACAGGCACUGCAGAAGCCUGUUUCUGUCAGCAGCAGCAGCAGCAGCAGCUGCAGCAACUCCAACCAUUUCCCCAACGCCUUCAACUCAUUCUCCCAUCAUGCACCUGUGUAUGGGCAGUUCAGCAGUCAGUCUAUCAUCUCAGGGCGUGACAUGGUAAGCUCCACCCUGCCAGGCUACCCACCUCACAUCCCCUCCCCUGCCCAGUCAGGAUACUCUUCCUCUGCCAUCACGGGCAUGGUAGCAGCAGGCACAGACUACUCGGGUCAGACCUACAGCCAUUCGCCCUACACCUCCUACAGUGAAGCCUGGAGGUUCACCAACUCCAGCAUACUGGGUUCACCCUAUUACUACAGCACGGCCUCCCGCACUGCUCCACCGUCUGCAGCCGCCUACGACCACCUCUAGUCCCCUGCUGGACCUGUGACUCCACCUGGACCAAGACUGGAGAGCUUCACAUGAGCUGACACACACAUGGACCAAGGCACGAACGUCAAAACUGGAUCUGAGACUCUGCUGAUGAACCAGCAACACUUUUUUUUUUUUUUUUUUUACCACACCCAGUUAUAUGUUAUUUAUUUGUCAUUACAGAUACCGUUGCCCAGGGUAACUCUGACUCAUGCAUGUUUACACAUUGCUAAAACUUGCCCCAUGCAGGGCCUGUUUCCAGAGACUCAGCCUGACGUCUCCCAUCACAGUGCAUAUUUUCAGUAUAGAGCUCUUUAACGCUGUUUUGGCCAAAGACUUUGUUUCUCUGCACAUCUGCAACUUGACCACUGACCCAGUGAAUUACGGAUAUGCAACUUCUUUAUACUGAACUAUGCCUGGUUUUUGUUUACAACACUUUUUUUUGUCCCAUCAUCAACAAAUUGAUUCCUUCUUUUUGAUCUGUGUCUGCUUGCAAAUUAAUUUCUCUGACUUGUUCUCCCUGUAAAUUCAAGAGCUUUUUCCUGUAGUAAACAUAGACUAAAGGAUGAAUCACAACUGAAAUCACAAAAUGCCCACACAUGCCCCUCAGAGACAAUUAAUGUAUUUGUCUAGCAAUAUGUACAUAUUGUAAAUGAUGAAUUACUUAUGGGGAAGUGAUGCAAUUUUACUCAGAGAAUGACUGAUGAGGGCGGGGAACGCUGGUGAUUUGGCUACAAAAACCAACAAGGCUUGAAAUACAUUUGUUUUGCUCAAAAUAAAUUUAGUUUGUUGUCAUGCCGAUGUUCUGAUGUUUGGUAAGAACUGUGACUAUUUUUUCUUAUACUGUUAUUAAUAUUAUUGCAGAUGUAAAUAAUGAAUUUCUAAAGAAUUAUUUUAAUUAAAG